AUGAGACCUGUAGAGUCUUCAAUCCUUUGGAGAAGCAGCGAAGGAGGGAGAGGCAAAAAGAGAUGGAGAAAGGAAGAGGAGGGGGAUGAGGAGAAGGGGGAGGAGGAGGAGGAGGAGGAGGAGGAGGAGGAGGAGGAGGAGGAGGAGGAGGAGGAGGAGGAGGAGGAGGAGGAGGAGGAGGAGGACGUUAAGGUAGAGCAAAAAGGGUUGAAAUUUGGGGUAGGUCAGGUGGGGCCAGGUGAAAGGGAGACCUUGGAAGGAGGUAUGGCAGCGAGGGAUGGGGUCAUGAGGAGAGAUGGUGGCAGUGGGUGUGGUGGUGGGCAUGGUCAAGGAAAGGGUGGUGAGAAUGGUGGUGGUGGUGGGAAUGCUGAGGGUAAUGGUGGAGGGAAGGGAGGCGGUAUGGUUGCUAGCAGUGGGAGUUGGCAUAGUGCGUGCAGUGGAGCAGCCUCAGGCAGCAGUGCAAGGAAGAAAAGACCCAAGACGCGUAAAGCCGCUGCGGAAGCAGCUGUAGCCACCGCCAAAGACUCUGCUGCAACUAUGCAGAUUCCCUCAGAUGCUGGUGAAGCAAGCAGCAAAGACCCCAUCAAGUCAUCUUCUGCCCCAUUCUGCCGAUUCUCAUACUCAUCCGGGAAGUUUAUCAACGUUCUGGGCCCACGCAUUUUCACUGCUGCCCGAUCGUAUGCCCGGGCAGCCUCUUCCGGGCAGCACCACCACCACUGCCGUCAGCAACAGAAGCAGGAGAAGCCGAAGCAGAAGCAGCAGCAGCAGCAGCAGCAGCAGCAGCAGCAGCAGGAGCAGCAGCAGCAGCAGCAGCAGCAGCAGCAGCAGCAGCAGCAGCAGCAGCAGCAGCAGCAGCAGCAGGAGGAGGAGGAGGAGGAGGAGGAGGAGGAGGAGGAGGAGGAGGAGGAGGAGGAGGAGGAGGAGGAGGAGGAGGAGGAGGAGGAGGAGGAGGAGGAGGAGCAGCAGCAGCAACAGAAGCAGGUUUAUACUCUAAGUUGA